AUGGAAUCUUUACGGACAGGGAGUGAUCCGAUAUUUCUAGGAAUUGUGGGCGUCGGCGUUGUUGGGAAUGCUUUUCUCGAGCAACUUGGGAGAAUACCAAACCCGCCAAGUCUGAUUUUGCUCGCUCGCUCCACUCAGACCAUUUCCUCUCCCAGGCCAAAAUACUCACCGUGUGUGCCGUUCGCGGUCUGGGACGAAGCUGUCAAGUCGCCCUUUUUGGACCGCUCAGAUGCGUGGUCACUAGCGGAAAUUGCCGAUUUUCUGGCAUCUGCGCCAGGCAAGGCGAUUCUCGUGGAUAACACAUCUGAUCUUGUUCUGACACAAGCAUAUCCAGAGUUUUUGGAGCGGGGAGUAUCAAUAGUGACUCCCAAUAAGAAAGGAUUCUCGGAAGACAUGGCUCACUUUAAUCACAUCUUCGACUCUGCGAGGCGAGGAAAUGCGACUGUCCACCAUCAGUGUACUGUAGGUGGAACGCUCCCUGUGCUGUCCACGCUCAGAGAUCUCAUCGCAACGGGCGACCAGAUCACUCGCGUUGAAGGUGUUCUGUCUGGGACCCUCUCUCUGUUAUUGGGCGAUUUUAUGCCGGGACAUGGGACGUCCGAAGCACGUUGGAGCUCUUUGGUCUCGCACGCCAGGGAAAUUGGACACACGGAGCCCGACCCUCGCGAUGAUCUCAACGGGCUUGACUUUGCGCGGAAACUUACAAUCAUUGCUCGAGUCAUUGGCAUGGAUGUCAGCCGACAUGACUCUUUCCCCGUGGAAUCUCUUGUUCCUGACGAGCUCUCGCGCCUGCCUUCCUCAACGGCUGGAGUUAACGAGUUCAUGAAUGAGCUGCCCAGGUACGAUGGCAUGAUGGAAGAGGCGAAGAAAGCAGCAGAAAAUCGAGGCAAGAUUUUGCGCUACACUGGAAGCAUCGAUGUGCUUAGCGGUGCCAUCAAAGUUGGUCUUCAAUUUGUGGAAAGGGGCAGUGCGAUUGCAAAUCUGCGAGGUAGUCAGAUUGUCAAUAUCUACACCAAGCGGUACGGCACCAAUCCUUUGAUUCUACAGGGUGGUGGUGGAGGUGGUGAGAUUACUGCCAUGGGAAUAAUGGCGGAUCUAUUGAAGGCAAUGGAGCUUCUGAUGUGA